AUGUCGAAUGGAGAGGAGCUUGUGGAUCUUGGUGGAAAGCCUGAAGAGGAGGGGGAGGAACUUCUCACCCAUUUAGGCAUUGAUCUAAGCGAUGAGCUAGUGGUGGGCACUAUUGGGCGCGCAGUAGGGGCAAGUAAGGGAGACUUGGGCGUGCCUGUGGACCACAUAGGGACGCCGAAGUUGGAUGAGGUGUUGAAGAUGAAGAUGAAGAUGAAAAAGAAGAAGGGUGAUCUUGAGUGCAAUUACCAGCCAUGGACAAACACAAGACCUUAUCAGAUGGAUGAAGAUUGGUUGAGCAGUGACUUUGUACAAGUGAAACAUUUGAUAGCUUCUAUGUGUGCACUGUGGUCUUGUGCUUCUGUUAGUCCAUUCUUGCUUGCUCGUGGAAAAGUCUUUGAAGUGUAA